AUGCGACAUUCAGAAAUGUCAAGACGAGAGAAAAUCUUAUUACUUCUUCAUGUAAUUGGUGUAGCUUGUGCAGCGAUUAUUGGCAUUGCCCUGCUGGUACAUUUCUCAAAAAGAAAUUCUCAUGAACAAGGCUCUUCACUACUCACACAUGGACCUUCAUCACGAGUUGAAAACCAAACAGAAACAGGGAAACUGUGCAUCGAUGAAAGUUGUCCAAGUAAUAAUAGUGACAACAUUAUCAACAUAAUCUGUGAUAAUUUUGAGAAAUACUCGUGUGGCAAGCUCUCUCAAAAUGAUCUGUAUAAUCGAUCAUUUAACGCGGAUGAUAUCAUCAUGAAAAUGUUACAAAGUACAGAAUAUGAAGAUGUACCGAGUGUUAAAGCAGCUCAAACUUUCUACAAAACUUGCACGAUCGCUUCCUCGAUGGGAAAACCGUUGAUAAAGAAGAAAAUCGGUGAACUGAUCAAAUUACUUUUCAACGGAUGGCUGAUGUCGUCAAAUGACACGGAGCAGUUGGAUGUCGAACAGAAUGUUCUUAGUAGUGAAAAGUUCAGUCUGACCGCUUUACUCUUACCAUCGUUAUUUCAAAGUGGAGGAACAGCUUUGUUUUCCUUAAAACUAGUUGAGGAUAUUACACAAAAUGGCUUUCCAAUUAUUGAAGUAAUAUUUCAAACAAUAGAUGUUUCUGAUUAUUUUCAUGCACUAUGA